CAGACUGACUCAGUGCUCCUCGUUCGGUCAGGUAGUUUGGAGAAAGAGUGAUAUCUCUCCUGAGUGCAUGUUCGUGUGUGUGUGUGUGUGUGUGUCCGAGUGUGGGCGCGAGCGUCUAAAACUAUAAACUCUUGGAGAAGAGUAAAUUAUAGUAAAUAAUACCGCAAGAUGGCUGCUUUAGCCAUGGUGCUCGAUCAUAUGAUCGGUUGUGUCAACAAGGUGUUCCUAAGUUACAUGGACAUUCCUGAAGAUACGAGGAAAACCAGCUUUGAGGGGCUGGUUCCACUGUUCAGAUGCCAAGGAUGUUCCAGCAACUUCAGUGAUGAAAGCCAACCCAGAAACCUUUCAUGUGGGCACGCACUCUGCACUCCUUGCACAGAGGUAUUGCUUGCAGGUGAAAAGCCUUGCCCUGAAUGCUUUCAACAACAUAAAAGAAACAAGGUUGGCGAACUACAAGUGAACUUCCCGUUAUUAAAAGUCAUUCGAUCUGUGGGAAUCAAAGAAAUUAACAUUGGCAACGUUAAUAGUACCAUUUUGUCUGCUGACUUUUCCCAGCAUCACAGCAGGCAAGACCUCAGGAAGUGCGUCGUCCACGACAGCCCCAAAGUGUUGUUCUGCCUCUCUUGCAGUUCGUGGGUUUGUGAAAACUGCAUAGUACUAGACCAUCCUAAUUCCCCUAGGGGCUUCUGUAGGGUCAUCCAGCUCACAGAAGCCAUAGAUAAGAUCAGAACAAAGUACGAAGAGGUUGCUUCACAGGUCCUGAAGGAGAUCGAGACUAUGAAGGACGACUUCGAACUGGAAUUUGGAAUGCACGACCUCUGUCUCAAACACUGCACUCAGGAGAGAUCUCACGUGCACUUGCUAGAACAACUCAACCCUCUGUUGCUGGGCAAAAGGGAGGAAAAUGACGAGGAAGUGAGGAAGGCCAAAGGCCGUUUGAAAGAGUUGGCUGAUUCAUUUCGGGCCACAAAUGCUCCUGAGGAGAUGACGGUGAUUUGCAAAGGGCUUCUCGACUUCCAAGAGGAACUGAAGGCCAUCAUCACCCAGGAAAAAGAAAGACUGACGUCACCACGUCCAAUAAUGGUGGAGCAUCUCAGAAUGGAUAUCAAAAAGUUAGCCGAGGGAAGGGAACCACUUUAUGCAACGUUGCAAGAGAACGGAAGACACAGAUGGGCUAAAGUUGCUCUCAAAGACCAGGCACUUUUGGUCUACGCACUGAAUGAAGGACAGCCACCUAGCGAUAGUGUUACACUGCCAUACAAAUUCAUGGAAACGUUGCUGGAAAAUCGCAAACAGAUGGUGUUUCUGGAACUGGAGGCAGACGGAGAGAACUUGCAAGGAAGAGUGUUCAUUCAAUUACAGGGGGAAGGCCCCAUGCAGCAGCAAAUGCUGCUGAUGUGCUCUGGGAAAAAGGACGCCUCCUUCAGGAACACCAGGUUAUUCAAGGACGAAGAGGGAUAUCUGAGCGGGGGGGUUUACCACAAUGCCGAUGGCUCCAAGGGCGGGACCAUAGUUCCAGAUCUCGGACACUGUUGGGCACCUACUGUGUACAAGGGGAUGAAGACUUCGGGUGCAGUCGUUGGCAGCAAGACUUCCACCAAGUUCCACUUCAUCCUCGGUAGGAGUAAAGGCCAUAUUUACGAUGUUGUCGGCUUCGUAAGGCAAGGUCUUCACGUCUUAAAAGCUGCUGCUAAGCUGGAACCAGUUACGAAAUGCUACGUCAAAGACUGUGGAAUCUUUAUACCAGUCAGGACAGUGACUAACAAUGAUAAUGAAUCUACCGAGUGAUUUUAUACAAAAACAAUUCUCAGUAUCUGUAUAACAUCUUUCUCCUUAUAUGUAUAUAUAAUUGUUUACAGUUGUCCUGUAAUAUGCAAGGGGCCUGUGUAGAUAAAAUUCUGUAUAUUUUUUUUUACAUACCUGGCAGACCACUGGAUUAUUUCAGAUGUGAUAUUAGUCAUUAGAAUCUGUUACACUUCUAUCCUUUGGAGAAGAAUUUUCCAUGUAUAUUUUGGAUUUUUUUUUUACUGCUCUCUCAAGUUGUUGAUUUUUCUGAAUACAUUAAUAAAUUAAA